GUCAAGCCUUUAUGGCCCACACAUGUCUUGGGCCAUGCGUUCAAAGGAAGACGCAACCCAUGCAAGUUACACUCGCGGACGGCCGCACGCAAAAGUCAAUUGAUCGAUGCGUCGACGGCGUUCCGGUAUACUUUGCGCCACUUGCGUGCGAACCGAUGUCUUUUGACAUCCUCGACACCAAGUUCGACAUGAUUCUAGGCAUGUCUUGGUUGCGUAGCGCCGAUCAUCCGGUGAACUUCCAUGACCGAACCAUUCACAUCCGUGAUCGGAACGGAGUGUUAGUCCCAUGUACGGUCGCAACCCCUCACACUUCGAUUGCUUGUCACGUGGUUUCCGUUGCGAGAAUUCGCGACGCCAUAGCUCGGAAUGACGUCGAGGAGAUGGACGUUGUAUUUUUGCAUGCUCUCCCCUCGCCGGACGGACCAGCCGUGUCCCCGCCGGACCCACGCAUCACUCACCUCUUGGAUGAGUAUGGAGACGUCUUUGAGGCUCCCACCGGAACGGUUCCGAAUCGGCCCAUAUGUCACGGGAUCACUCUCGAGGCGGACGCCRUCCCUCCGCGUGGAUGUAUCUACCGCAUGAGCGAAGAGGAGCUCGAGGUGCUUCGCGCACAACUCGAUGACCUCCUCGACCAAGGCUGGAUUCACCCUAGUUGCUCGCCAUACGGUGCACCUGUUCUCUUCGUCCGAAAGAAGAACAAAGAUCUAGGACUAUGCAUCGACUGUCGCAAACUUAACGCACAGACCGUAAAGAACGCCGGCCCUCUCCCUCGGAUUGAUGAUCUCCUUGAGCGGUUAGGUGAUGCGACGUACUUCUCGAAGUUGGACUUGAAGUCAGGUUACCACCAGAUUGAAAUCCAGCCUCAAGAUCGGUACAAGACCGCGUUCAAGACGCGGUACGGGCAUUUUGAGUGGGUUGUCAUGCCCUUUGGCCUCACCAAUGCCCCCACAACUUUUCAAGCAGCUAUGACGACUGAGUUUUGCGACUUGCUCGAUCGCUACAUCCUCAUCUACCUCGAUGACAUCUUGGUCUAUAGCAGGAUGUUGGACGAGUAUAUCACACACCUUCGCACUGUUUUGAAUCGUUUGCGAUUGGCCAAGUACAAAGCUAGCCGCGACAAGUGCGAGUUCGCCAAGCAAGAGCUUGAGUACUUGGGACAUUUUGUGACGCCGAAAGGCAUUCGUCCCUUAGCGGACAAGAUCCAAGCCAUCACGGAUGGCCAGACGGAGCGAGCGCACCAGACCGCUCAGAUGAUGUUGCGUACGCUCAUCCGUCCCGACCAGAAAGAUUGGGUUGACCGGCUUCCCGACAUCGAGUUCGCCUACAACACUUCGGUGCACCCGGCGAUCUGCGUCACACCAUUCGAGCUACAUCAUGGUCGAGAGAAAGCACGGAUCUUCGYUGAUCUCCUUUUGCCACAGGCUGCAAACAUAGACGUCUCUUGCUCUCCCGCUUCCGUUCGGAAGUACCGGGACUUGCUGAUCAAAGCCCGCACGAAUAUGCAAAAGGCUCAAAUCCGCAUGCAACAGCAAGCUAACCGACGUCGACUUCCAUUUCCUUUCCGCGAGGGAGACCUUGUUUGGGUCCUCUCCGAGGAAUUUGCGCUCGAGCAGGAUGUUUCGCGCAAACUCCUUCGAAAUGAUUCGGACCAUGGGAAGUCACUUCUGCCGUUCGGAGACGACCUCGCAGGUCCUUGCUUCGUGAUCAACAUUCCACCACACCUUACAGUGCAUCGGGUCUUCCACGCAUCGAAGCUGGCCAUCUACAUGCCACCUUCUGUUGACGAGUUUCCCAGACGUUGAUCACAGCAUCCGCCUUCGAUGGACGGACAUCAGGAAGUGGACCGAGUCAUCACGCACCACAAGUAUGGCAACAAGCCAAUGCAGUACAAAGU